UUUGCCUUCUCAUCUCAACCAAUAUUCUUUCAUCGGCAGUCAGUCUUAGCACAUCGAUCGGUCAAGUAUUAACUUGAACAAAUCGCAAAUUGAUCUCUCUCGGCACGCAAUAAUUGCUGCGCUAUUUAUUUAUUUAAUGGAUAUAUUGGAUAAUUAAUUUUAUUGAAUUGAGAUCAAAUUUGUUGGUCCUAUUCUUGUAAGAACGUAAUUGUGUCGCACAGUCGCACUUGGAAAUGAAGUGGUCAGCGACAAUCGUUUUGUUCGCUGUCCUUGCAGUGUUUUCUCCAUUGUUCGUGGAAGCAUCGUGGGGUUUUGGAGAUGACAAAGUCAAGUUGAAGGAUAUUGAAGUCUUGACGUUACGGCAUGGCCACUGGACGAAGGGUCGGAGGUCGCCAGGGGUGGAGCAGUUAAAAUGUGUGGGGGGUACUGCGGGGUGUGGAGCUUUUACGCCACAGGUUGUUCAGUGUUAUAACCGAGGGUCGGAUGGUUUCGAUGUCCAAUGGGAGUGUAAAACGGAUAUGGACAAUGCCUACCGUUUCGGACGAGUGGAAGUCACAUGUGAAGGAUACGACUACCCAGAUGACCCAUACGUUCUUAAAGGGUCUUGUGGUUUGGAAUAUACAAUGGAUUUGACCAAGGAAGGGAUGGCUCACGGUCAGCAACAGCAAUACCACAACUACUAUGGUGGUGGUGGCGGCGGCGGCGGGGGAAGUGGGAGUUACGGUUGGAAUGUUCCACCAUAUUCUAAAAAAAGCAACUCGAUCACCAACAUUGUCUGCGGGGUCGUUUUGGUUAUCAUGAUCUAUGCCUUUUACAAAACUUGCAUUGCUCCUUCACCAAACCGACAAUACAGUCCAACCAACGAUGAUUACCCUGAUAAUCGAGGCGGACCGGGUACAAGGCCACCACCGCCUGGAUUUAAUCCAUCUUACUAUCCCAAUACCGGAACUGGCUUUUCGGAUUCUUGUUCAGGUGGAUCCGCGAGACAAAGUCAAGGUCCGGCUGGAGGAGGAUUUUGGACAGGAGCUGCUACUGGAGGACUUUUAGGAUAUUUGUUUGGAAAUAGAAACAACACCGGGUACAACACCAUGUACAAUCAACCAGGACCGUCGACUUCAUUUGGAGGAUUCGGAGGAGGAGCGGGGCGCAGUUGGGGAGGUUCUGGUGGGUCAAGUGGCUAUUCGAGCGCUUCGACGAGUAGUGGGACACGUACGGCGUCAGGAUUUGGAGGGACGCGCCGACGAUGAUUCAUCUCUUACUUAAUAAUAAACGAAGCAUUUUACCAUUACCAUCUUGUUAUAACUCUGCAUAUAUGUUUAACCAAAAGAUACAAAAUUGAACGAAUAAAAAAAAUUGCCUGUGAUGUUCCUAAAACCCAAAA